CGCAAAACCAACGUUACCAACCGUCAAACAAUAGGUAAUCCAAAAACAGAUAAGGCAAAACAAAACAAGGCAAGCCAGAAUUACUAGGUAGUCUAGUCUCACCUAAAGCUACACAUGCAUGUGGCUCUAUGUCCAUCACCAUUUUAAUUAUUUGUUUAUUUUUUCAUAACUCGUACACGCAACGUAUUCUUUCAUUCAAACCCUCUGUAACUCGGGCAUUUUUCUCCUCCCUUCUGCCCCAAGGUUUCGCUUACACGUUUGUAAUCAUUUUUCAGCAAGCUACCAGAAGAAGAAAGAACAAAUGCCUUUGAUUAUACGGGUAAUGGGUGAGCCGAUUUUGGCCUGCACUGAUCGCGUCGAGGUAAGAGAUUUCGAUUCCCUUUUGCCUUAUGAUUUGCCUUGUAAAAUACGGAAGCAAAGGGGAAAUUAAGGCAAUGGAUUUUGUUUUUAGAAAUUCCUCGAUUUGGCAAGAAGUUUGAUUGAUCGAACAAGAUUGAUAAGGUUUCUAAUGGCUUGAGCUUGUUGGGAACCGAAUCCCUGGUCUGCGGCAAAGCUUUGGAUCCAAAAACUCAAUUAUGCUUUUUUUUUCUUGGAAGUAAAUCGCUCUGGCAUGAAAUUAAUGCUCUCUGAAAUUGUUUUGUGCAUGGAGAUUUUGUUUGGAGCAUUGGAAUUUUAAGUCGAGUUUUGAAUUGCCAAGGAUUGUGCUAUUUGUCUUUGAGAACCAAGAGUUGGGGUUUCAACAAAUUAGUUUUUGUAAAAUUUGACGCCCUUGUUUUCUCCAGAACUUAUACACCCGGGAGUGCUUGAAUUUGUUGCCAAUACAGUCACAGGAAUUUUUUACCAGUACAGUCGCUGGAUUGUUUUUUUUGAGGGGGGGCGAAAUAUAAAUAUUUAGGACUGUUUAAUUGUACAGUGAAGAUCUUGUCUACUGUUUAGUUGUACAGAAAAGGUUUUGUGUACCUUUUUCUUGGGAGGUGUCCCCUUACAUGGGCUGCAUCAUGAUUGCAUCCUUGGUGUUGAAUGAGAAGCGAAGCAAAUCAGAGGGUUUUGUAGCUAUAUUGUGCAUUCAAUCUUGUGAGGGCAUGCUUGAGCAACGCUUUGUAGAUAACCUAUGGGAAAUCUUAACUAUGCGCCUGCCUAUGGAGCGAAUACAGUUGGUGUGUGAAGUGAGUGGCUAAAAUUUAAAUUCGAGGAGGUUGUGUGAAUGAUGAUGUAUGCUGAUGCUUUGUAAAGUGGAAUACAACAUGGACUCUGGACCGUUGUCAUUGCCAGCCUAGGGUCGCUUCUGGUGUAGUGGCUUCGCCUAUCUGAUCCGAAAUUGUGCAUAAUUUGAUCUGAGCUUAAACUGUGCAUGAUUUGAUCUGAACUGAAACUGUGCAUGAUUUUUGGUUGACGCCACGUAGGCGAUGGAGUUGUUUGGCAAUCUCCAAGGUGAAGUGUCCAAAACUGAACUGAUAUUUGCUGAGUUUUUUGCCAAGAGCCUGCACAUUAUAGUGGAGUCAAGGAUUCCAUGUGGGGAACAUUCUGGGGCAUCGUCCUUUUCUUCAUCGUCAUCUUCCUGUCCCAAGGACAAAUGGUUCAAUUUAGCUCUUGGAGAAUACCCUCCUGUUCUCGAGAAGAUGGAGCCAGGGAGUUUAAGCUUGCUGGAGCCUAUGAUAGUUGAUGUGAUUCUUCUACGGAACUCUGAUUACAGAGUUGACAUUCCUUUGUUCCUUACUUCAGGGAAACAAGGUUCUUCCAGCAAUGCAUCAGAAGGUUUUGGUGGUCAAAUAAUACUGGAAAGAUGGACUGUAAAAUGUGAGUAUAGAAAGUCCAGUACAAGAGAUAUUCAUUCUGGUCGGAUAUCUUCUGGGAGUGGAACACCAAGAUGGGAAGAUGGAAAGAAGGUUGGCAGCAAGAUCGGUCCUGGCAAAGGAAAAGGUUUGUCAGGCACAGGAGACAUAAACCAAGGGGCUGGGGCUUCACAAUCUUCCUCUCCUGCUGCAGAAGUACCUGUUGCCUAUAAGAAAACAUACAAGAGAUUAUUAAUUUUGCUACGCUCUGUUUAUUGCACUGCCAGGCUUUUGCCAGCAUAUCGGCUUUUCUGUCUUGCAAAUUCUUCUAGCCAUGAUUGCAACUUCAGUCUUUUUCACAGGGUUUCAUCUUCACCCGAGCCUCUAUCACAUGCUGAUGAGGCUGAAAUGCAUUCAUUUAACUUUACUCCAGUUGAGACUCCCUGUGGCAGAAUCUGUUUGUCAGUGUCAUAUCGCUCAACAAGAGCAGUUACUGCACUAGAAGAUGCUGCUCCUCUAUUACCAGAAAUAAUCACAGAUUAUGUGGGAAGCCCUGCUGCAGAACUGCCAAAGAGGUUUCCCAAUGAUUUGACUUUCACUCCAGGGAAGAAGAAAGUGCACAUGACUACACCCCCUUUGUCAGUACCAGGAUCCUCUGCUUGUACUGGGUUUGUAAGACGACACAGUUGGAGUGGCAAUAUCCACAGAUUGCUACCUUCAUCCCAAUUAUCCUUUUCCCCCUCACAUCGCCUCAGCUUAUCUCCUUCUCCAUCUCCAUCCUAUUCAGACAUUCAUGGUUCUCCUAAUGUCCCCAAUUCUUGCCCCAUUGCUCCUCAUCGGUACCUUAGAGUGGAUCAUUCCCCCUCACCCAGGAGUUCACCGCAGCAUCCUUUAUCAUCGCAGACCUUUUCCUCUCAAGGUCCUUCUGAUCAACGCCCUGCCAGUUUUGAUGAAUAUUGGUUGUCACCUCCGUUUUCACCGUCACCUUCACCCUCACCGCCAGCACAUUUUGCAGAGGGUAAUCUUACAAAUCCAAUUCGAUAUCCUGGAAGUGCCCCUGUAAGCAUCCCAGUGAGUUCUGCUAGUAGGACUCCAAGGUCUUGGGCAACUGACUGCUAUCAAAACAGGACAUUACUGCCUCCUCCAUCCCCUAAAAGCCAAAAGUCUGAUGCGUUACGCAAGACAGCCUCGGCUAAUUCCAGGAUUACUUGUGCUCAAUCCCCAGUCUAUGAUAGAUAUCCAUCUCAGUGGCAGUGUUCUAACAAACCCACUUUAUCAAGGCCUACGGAAUCGCAAACUGGGAGAACAGCUUUGCUUGCAUAUGGAGGUCAAAAGGUAUAUAAAGAUGGAAAGGAUGGCAAUGCAGAGGUGACAGGAGUCAAAUUCUCACCCAGUGGCUCACCAAAGAUUCCAUUUUCUAGAAGUUUGAGCAAAGUUUCCCAUCAGGAUGAAAUUGACUAUGAAGAUUUUUCAUGCCCCUUUGCAGUAGAUGAUGACGAGACUACUGAUUGUAGAAGCAGGACUGAUUCCCUUGAUGGGAAGGGAAGCAUUUCUGAAUCUUCAGAAAUUGGUGGGCAGGCUAUAGUAAUGCAUAAAAGAUCUCACGGUGCUGCUGUAGGUGCCCUUGUAAAUAUGCUUGCAUCGGCUUCUCCUUUGUGCCCAGAUUUUGGUAGUUUAUCCAGUUUUCCAUCUACCACUGCUGAGCUUCAGGGCACUACAAGUGAGCAUGGUGCACCCAGCCACUCCGUCAGUACUUCCUGCUCUGGGAGAGAUGAUUCACAGAUGGUUGUUCAUAAAACAACUGCUGAUGCAUUAGAGGAGCUUAGGGGCUACAGAGAAAUGAAAGAUAAUUUAAUGAGCCAAAGUGGAACUCAAUCAGUGCGAAGGUCAUUUAUCUGAGAAUUAGCAAAGACUAAAGGUCUUUCUGGAGUGUCUCAAGGCAUCAAAAAUGUGAAUGCCAAGCCUGCUUGAACAUUGUGUACAUAUAGUUUUAGCUUCCCGAUUCUUUUGUUGUGCAGGUACAGCAAGAUUUUCCUUUUGUUUAUUGCCACAAUUGGCCAUUUGGCCCCUUUAUGGAAAGCAAGAUUUGCCAAGCCCUUGGUUUUCAAUUUAUCACUGGGAUAAGGUAUUCAUUAUUGAGUUUGUUGACUGUAAAACACUGCUAAUAGCAAAUUUUGUUCAUGGGUUUUAAA